GGAGGCGCCGACGCUCGCGGGGCACCCCGGGUGCCCGACCCCGGCGCGGCCGCGCGGAGGCCGCAUCGCGCAUGCGUGCGUGCGUGCGGGCGGGCGCACCGCCUUCCGGAAGGCGCGGUGGGAGUGGUGGCUGUCUCCUCAGAGGCGGGCGGUGUGGCUCGGUGGCGAGGGCGCAGGUGUCUGGGGGCGCACGGAAGGAGCCGAGAAGCGUGGAGCAGCUGUAGAGGUCGCCGGGCUGGCUCUGCUGAGAUGCCUAUAAUGCCUGAAACUGAAGCCAGAAUCCUGGAAUGCGAUUCCUACAUGGAUGGCAAGAACUCAACUACUUGUACCAUCAUCACUCCCUCCCAUAAUCUACAUUAGCAGAAAACUGGAAUCAUAAGCUGGAGCCAGGAAUCAAAACCAGAUACUCCAAAAUGAGAUCUAACCCUGCCUUUGGUAACUAGUCCUCCAAAAGAUCUUCCCUGAAGAGCUUUAUCUGCCUGAUUGAUCUACAGGAUUUGCUGCCUAUUUGCCCUGCUUACUGUCUUACCAGUAGCUUCUUGAUGGGAGGUUUUUCUGCUUUGUUGGCAUAUUUUCAUGCUCACCUCCUUUCCUCAAAGGAGACCAGUCGCUGUAGCCCCAGUGGAUACUAUUUACAUCUGAGCUGCCAGAACUACACAAAAGGAUCCACGCAGUCCUCGGUCCAUCUCUUAAAUAAUUGGAGGUUAAUGACUGAAGAACUGUCUUCCCCAAGUCGUCGGGUAUCCACUGGAAAUAAAGCACCAAUAAUGCAGGUAGAGUUACAGACAGUGAGAGAGAGAGACAGAGAGAAAGGUCUUCCUUCCGUUGAUUCACCCCUCAAAUGGCCGCCAUGGUUGGAACUACGCUGAUCUGAAGCCAGGAGCCAGAUGCCUCCUCCUGGUCUCCCAUGGGGUGCAGGGCCCAAGCACCUGGGCCAUCCUCCACUGCCCUCCCGGGCCACAGCAGAGAGCUGGACUGGAAGAGGAGCAACUGGGACUAGAACCGGUGCCCAUAAGGGAUGCUGGCACUGCAGACUUAUUUAUUUGAAAGUCAGAGCUACAGAGAAUUAGAGGCAGAGGUGGAAAGAUACCUUCCAUCUGCUGGUUCACUCACCAGAUGGCCACAACGGCUGGAGCUGGGCUGAUUGGAAGCCAGGAGCCUGGAGCUUGAUUCAUUUCUUCUUUUGCCUACCUGUUUGCAGAUGCCACAUCCAGCCCCCAAGAAGGGUUCAAUGUGGGAACUGUGUCAUUUUCAUGGCAGAAGUCAUGAUGGUCUUCUCAUGCUUUGCUGUACGUCUUUCCCUCUGCCUUGCAUCCUGCUAACAUCCAGACAAAGUUAGACAGUGAGAGAGAGAGAGACAGAGAGAAAGAUCUUCCUUCCGUUGGUUCACCCCCAACAAAUGGCUGCUAUGGCUGGUGUGCUGCGCUGAUCUGAAGCCAGAGCCAGAAGCCAGGUGCUUCUUCCUGGUCUCCCAUGCGGGUGCAGGAGCCCAAGCACCUGGACCAUCCUUCACUGCCUUCCUGGGACACAGCAGAGAGCUGGACUGGAAGAGGAGCAACUGGGACUAGAAACCGGCGCCCAUGUGGGACGCCAGCACCGCAGGCGGAGGAUUAAUCAGAAACAAUGCAAGAGGGACAACGCCAGGCCAGAAGACAAUGCUUCUAAGCUUCAGAUUAAGCCUGAGUUGUUCCAGACAUUUCGUGGGAGAGUAUGGAUUUUGACAAAUUUAGGAAUGGUUUUCACUGAAGGACUGGUAGAGGCCUCACAAUUUUCUCAUGGAUGCACUGUGUCCUGAGUUAGAUGACGUUCGUGUCCUGCUGGCGUCUUGAGAGUGGAGGGAAAUGCAUUUCAGGUUUAUUUAUUUGAAAGUCAGAGUUGCAGAGAGAGAUUGAAUGCUGGUUCACUCCCUAGGUGGCCACGACAGCUGGGGCUGGCCCAAGCUGAAGCCAGGAACCAGGAGCUUCUUCCAAUCCUCCCAUGUGGGUGACAGGAUUCAAGCACUUGGACCAUCCUCUGCUGCUUUUCCCAUACCAUUAGCAGGGAUCUGCACUGGCAGUGGAGCAGCCAGAACAUGAACCAGUGCCCAUAUGGAAUGCUGGCAUCACAACUGAUGACUUUAUAUGCUACGCCACCGCCCUGGACGUCAUCUCUUCAUUUCAAGUUCAAAUGUCUUUACUCACAUGGUGGUGCAUUUCUCUGUGCGUGUCAAACUCUGGAAGGCUGAAUGCUGCAGGCAAGAAAGCCUUAGAAGACAGCAGAACCUCAUGGAAGGAGAACCCCAUGGAAGGAGCGGGGUCUCGGGAUGAUGCUGUGGGUCUUCGCAGGCCUUCCUGGGAGGUCAGAGAGCCCCGGACACGAGUCCACAUGCGAGAGGGCUUCAGAGGCUCCAGGAAGCAAUGGAACUAAAAGAUAAGUGCACCUUGGUAUAACAAAAAACAACAAUGAAAUCCAUGCAUUCUUUUUUUCCAUAAUACACAUCUUACUUGAACCCUUUGAAGACCUCUUGGAGGACUUCUACACAGGCCAACAAGAACUGUCACGUGGCUCUGCCAGGGCUGCCGUGCAGGUCGGCUGGGGCUCUCCUGCCAUUGGCCCUGCUGAGCCAUCACAGGCCAGGCAGGGCAGCAGGGCGGUGCUGUUAAACCUCAGCUCUUGCUCUUGCUACCUCCCUACCUACAUCACCACUUGCUAUGCCUUCUCCCUGGAAUGGUCUCCUCUCCCACUUUCCUUCUCAGGAUCCUGCCACCCUUCAUAGCCUCCUGAAACCUUUCUUGGUCCUUUCUUCUCUUGACCUGCAGUCAAAGGCACCUGGCACCAGUGAUUGCCACAACAGCUCGUUCUGUGUAUUAGGUCCCAUGGUCCUUAUGGGCAGGAAACACGCUGUCCCUUUCAUUUUACGACCUCCAGGAUGACCUGCACAGGAAUCUGCACGUAGUAGGCAAUCUACACAUAUUUGCUGAAAUGCAGUGGAGAGGAUUAAGGGAGGUGAUUUUGAUUUUCCCUAGAGUGCGACUUGGAUUUGGGGCAAAAGUGAAGCUGGCAGGGUGCAUUUGGGGAAGAUCAGGUGGGAAAACAAAAUGAACGAUGGAAAUAAAGGUGAGAGAAUGCAGCCAGCAACUGUUUCAUUCUGGGUUUCUGGAAAGCGUCCUUGGGAGCCAGAGAGCAAUCUCUCUGACCUCCAAUCAAGUGUCAGAACACGCCUCCCUGUGGCUUCUGACCUCCAAUCAAGUGUCGGAACACGCCUCCCUGUGGCUUCUGACCUCCAAUCAAGUGUCGGGACACGCCUCCCUGUGGCUCCAAAGCCUGUUCAAGGUCUCCCUUCUGGUCUGCAGUUAACCGAGGGGGCCAGGCAAUCCCAGAGCAUCCCGGAUCUGACCUUUGGGCUGCUGAAUUCACUGAGGCCCACACCGUGAGUGGCGGGGAGGUCUGAUACACGAAGGUCCAUGGCAUAGCCUUCUAUCCUGGGGUGAGGGGAGAGGAAGGCAGGAGAGUGGUUAUCAGCCCAAGAGAGCUGCUGCCCGAGUGAAUGCUCGCUGAGAGGUUGGCCCCACCUCCCCUUCCACACACGGCUCUUCAACUGUGCCCUGACUCUGUACUCUCCAACCCAAACAAAGCACUUGGAGAAAAAGUGAUUUUGUGGCUAGCUCUGUUUUCAGUGCCCAUGGAAUAUUUGCCCCCAUGGUGAUCCAUCACCAGAUUUAAAAAAAAAAAAUCUUCAAAAUGGCCACUUGCCUUUUUUAUUGGCAUGUUUGCAUGCAUGUUGCUACUGACUUGCACUCAAGGCCAAGGUUUUUUUUUUUUUUAUGAUUUUUGCCAUCUGUGCCAUAUUUCUUUAGCGUUUUUCUUCUCCAAUCCCUUCUUUGAUGCCAGGAGAAGUACUAGCAAUGGGCUGGAGAGAUUCCAGAGCCCGAUGCACAGAGACUGGCUAGAAACCUCAACAUUACUUCACAUACAUUUUGGAAACUUCUGUCUUUUCUUUUUGCAAGGAGACAUGUAAAGUUCCCAAUCCAGCCCUACGCAGAGGCUGAUGAGCAACCUGCUCUUAGAACAUAGAAAGGUAGGCCCAGGGCCCCUGCUGCUGCCUGCUGUCAGGGGAGACAUGAGACCCCCUGUGAUUUGAGUCAGGUCUAUGAAUUUCAGCUUUAAGUAAGAGAAGAAAAAUCUCACCCUUCCACCAGGACUUGAACUCGGUCAUAAGUAAGGAGCUAUGCAAUCCAUCAGCAUUUUCAGGAAGGUUUAGAAGACCUCGGUACCCCCAAAUACCAUACUCAGUGGGACAAGACCAGCCAAGAAUGCAGGGACCCACCAGACCCCACGAGGGCGAAGUCACGGGCUCUCAGGCUCAUCAGGUUAUUAGAACAGCAGACUGGCACCCCAGAGGAGAACUUCACGGAGACUUGCACCAUACCAACAAGUUGGAAAGGGAGAGAAGUCCUUCAACAACCAGCAACCCCACGCACCCCUCUGAGGGCAACAAGCACUGUGCUGUACACGGGCAGACUGGAAGCCGGAUGGGCACCUGGCUGAGCACAUCUGCAGAGUGAAAGUUAAGUACCAGCUCGGAUUUCUGUGCCCCAGAUUUUCCUUAGCCUUUUUAGAUAAUACUCACCAAAUUGUGUGUCUCUGUAUACAAGUCGUGCUAGCCAUUUGUUUUAAGGUGCACAUAUUUGGGGUUUGUAGUUGCAAGAAAAGAAAGGUGUCCUAGGGAAGGAAGAAGAGCGAGAAAGGACAAUGAGGAAAUGAGAUUAUGUUGAAUGGCCUCAGGUAGCCAGGGGGUUGUGAGUGUGGAUUUGACAGAGUUUAGCUCAUGCCUGUGGGUCUCUUCCGGUGUCCGUGAGGGGAGGGAUUACUGAAGAAGGAAAAAAGAAAGAAAGAAACUUGAGCUCUCCAGGAGGAAAUUCAAAGGAACCCAGAGAAAUUAAGUUCAUUCUGCAAGGACGAAAAUAGAGGCAGAAGAGCCAGGUCAAGGGGGAGGCGUGAGGGCAGCUCACGCAGCGGGGUGAGGCGCAGGAGCCACGCUGGCACAGUGUCCAGAGCUGGGAGCCAGCAGAGGCACUAUUUGGGGACGACUCGAGAAAGUUUGGUCUGUGCACUAAACAAUUUCCUGAGGACUGCAAAUCCACUGCUAGCUGCCUCCUUCUGUCUCCCCAUCACUGUGGUGUGGUACCCGGGAGUUGACUUCUGGUCUUGUACCAAGAGCUGGGGGAGGGAUGAUGUGCGUGCAGAUAUUGCGGUUCAGCCUGGUGAUUCUGGCUGGGUGGGCUCUCAGUGCUGCCAGUGCCGAGCUGGGCUGGGCACGCAAGCAGUCCUUGGCACAGAGGGGACACCUGAAUCAGGUACCGUUGGAAGGAGACCGCUGCUGGCUGGGGGCCAAGCUUCGAAGACCCAGAGCUGUUCCCCAGAAUCACCUCUUUGGGGUCUACCCCAGCAGGCCCGGGAGCCACCUGAGGCCCUUCCCCAUAGGGGAGCAGGGGACCCAUCAGGCUGGGCGCAUGAAACCAGACACUGAGGGCAAGGCUGCGAGCCUGGCUCCCCAACACCUGACUGACAAGGCAGGAGGAGCGAGCCGUGCGGUGGAGCAGCCCGCUGCCCCGUGGGUAGGGGACAGUCCUAUUGGGCAAUCUGAGCUGCUGGGAGAUGAUGACACUUAUCUUGGCAACCGAGGAUCCAAGGAGUCUCUAGGUGAGGCUGUGGCUCGGGAAAGCUCGUCCCCGGCUGCCUCCAUCACCACGGCCUCCGAACGCCCCUCGGAACCCAGACCAGGGACCCAGAGGCAGGCCUGGGCCAGGUCUAGGCGUCAUCGCCCAGUGACCAAGAGGCAGGCAGAAGACGCGCGGGGAGACCCCGAUCUCCCGCUCUUCCAGCCCCGGCCUGACCAUUCCCCGAAGUCCGGGACCGGCGUUCAAGAUGGUGGCGGGGCCCCAGGCUGGGCGGCCGAGCCCACCAGCCCCCCGGGAGGACUGCCUGUCGUGUACUUCUCCGGGAGGCGGGAGCGGCUGCUGCUGCGUCCAGACGUGCUGGCUGAGCUUCCCCGGGAGGCGUUCACAGUGGAAGCCUGGGUGCAACCCGAGGGAGGACAGAACAACCCGGCCAUCAUCGCAGGUGUGUUUGAUAACUGCUCCCACAUCACCAGUGAUAAGGGCUGGGCCCUGGGCAUCCGCUCAGGGAGAGACAAGGGAAGGCGAGACGCUCGCUUCUUCUUCUCCCUCCGCACGGACCGCAUGCAGAAAGCCACCGUUGUCACCGGCCACAGCCGCUACCAGCCAGACAAGUGGACCCACGUGGCAGCCACUUACGACGGACGGCGUAUGGCCCUGUACGUGGAUGGCACUCGGGUGGCCGGUAGCGCAGGGCAGACCGGCCCCCUGAACAGCCCUUUCAUGGCAUCCUGCCGCGCCCUGCUCCUGGGAGGGGAUAGCUCUGAGGACAGGCACCACUUUCGUGGCCAUCUGGGCACACUGGUCCUCUGGUCAAGCGCCCUCCCACAGAGCCACCUUCAGCACGGUCCUCAGCACCCAAGUGGGGUGGAGGAGCCCACCACCCUGAUCCUGACAGCCAGUUUCGAUCUUCUGAAAGAACAGUGGGUCCCCUUCAGGGAUGGGGCAUACCCACGGCUUGAGGUGCUCCAGGGUGCUGAGCCAGAGCCCGAGAUUCUGUCACCAUUGCAGCCUCCACUCUGCGGGCAAACGGCCUGUGACAACGUGGAACUGAUCUCCCAGUAUAACCAGCACCGGCCCCUCCGGGGAGAGAAGGCGAUCCGCUACCAGGUGGUGAACAUCUGUGAUGACGAGGGUCUGAACCCCACCGUGAGUGAGGAGCAGAUCCUCCGGCAGCACAAGGAGCUGAACGAGGCCUUCAACCGCUACAACAUCAGCUGGCAGCUCAGCGUCCACCAGGUCCGCAACUCCACCCUGCGCCACCGGGUCGUGCUCGUGAACUGUGAGCCAAGCAAGAUUGGCAAUGACCACUGCGACCCCGAGUGCGAGCACCCGCUCACGGGCUACGACGGGGGCGACUGCCGCCUGCAGGGCCGCUGCUACUCCUGGCACCGCAGGGAUGGGCUCUGCCACGCGGAGUGCAACAACAUGCUGAACGACUUUGACGAUGGAGACUGCUGCGACCCGGAGGUGGCGGACGUGCGCAAGACCUGCUUUGACCCUGACUCGCCCAAGAGGGCAUAUAUGAGUGUUAAGGAGCUAAAGGAGACCUUGCAGCUCAACAGCACUCACUUCCUCAAUGUCUACUUUGCCACUUCAGUUCGGGAAGACCUUGCAGGUGCUGCUACCUGGCCUUGGGACAAGGAAGCUGUCAGCUAUUUGGGUGGUGUGGUCCUCAACCCAUCCUAUUACGGCAUGCCUGGCCACACCAACAUCAUGAUCCAUGAGGUGGGUCAUGUCCUGGGACUCUACCACGUGUUCAAGGGGGUCAGCGAGAGGGAAUCUUGUGACGACCCCUGCAGGGAGAUGGUGCCAUCCAUGGAAACAGGAGACUUGUGCGCCGACACGGCUCCCACUCCCAAGAGUAAGCUGUGCCGGGACCCAGAGCCCACCAAUGACACCUGUGGCUUCACACACUUUCCAGGGGCUCCAUUCCGCAACUACAUGAGCUACACAGAUGAUGACUGCACUGACAGCUUCACCCCUAACCAAGUGGCCCGAAUGCAUUGCUAUUUGGACCUUGUAUAUCAGCAGUGGAGUCAAAGCAGAAAGCCCACCCCUAUUCCCAUCCCGCCCAUGGUCAUCGGACAGACCCACAAGUCCCUCACUAUCCAUUGGCUGCCUCCUAUUAGUGGGGAUGUAUAUGACAGGACUCCAGGCAGUGUGUGUGGCUCCUGCAGCGAAGAUGGGACUUUCCGUCAGUAUGUGCACACGGCUUCCUCCCGGCGGGUGUGUGACUCCUCGGGUUACUGGACCCCGGAUGAGGCUGUGGGUCCUCCCGAUGUGGAUCAGCCCUGUGAGCCGAGCUUGCAAGCCUGGAGUCCUGAGCUGCACCUGUACCACAUGAACAUGACGGUGCCCUGUCCUGCAGAGGGCUGUAGCCUGGAGCUGCGUUUCCAACACCCGGUCCACGCAGACACCCUGACCCUCUGGGUCACUUACCUGUCUAUGGGCUCCUCCCAGGCCCUCUUCGACACAGAGAUAUUGCUGGAACAGCAGGGGUCUGUGCACCUGGGCCCCUUGGACACUUUCUGUGACACCCCGCUCACCAUCAAGCUGCAUGUGGAGGGGAAGGUCUCCGGCGUUAAGGUCUACACAUUUGACGAGCGGAUGGAGAUCGACGCAGCCCUCCUCACUUCUCGGCCCCAGAGUCCUCUGUGCUCCGGCUGCAGGCCUGUGAGAUACCGGGUUCUCCGCGAGCCCCCCUUCACCAGUGGCUCGUCCGUGGUGGUGACGCAUCCUCGCAGGAAGUUCACAGACAUGGAGGUCACACCUGGGCAGCUGUACCAGUACCAAGUUCAAGCUGAAGCAGGGGCAGAGUUGGGAGAAGCUUCCCCUCCCCUGGUCCACAUCCAUGGAGCUCCUUACUGCGGAAAUGGGAAGGUGGAGAAGAGCCUUGGGGAAGAGUGUGAUGAUGGAGACCUUCUAAAUGGAGACGGGUGCUCAAGGGUAUGUGAGCUGGAGCAAGGAUUCAACUGUGUGGGGGAGCCAAGCCUUUGCUACAUGUAUGAGGGAGACGGGCUAUGUGAGUCUUUUGAGAAAGAAACCAGCAUCUUCGACUGUGGCCUCUAUACUCCCACGGGAUACUCGGAUCAGUGGGCUACCCAAGCUUACUCCCCUCAUGAAGACAAGAAGAAGUGUCCCGUUUCCUUGGUAACCGGAGAACCUCAUUCCAUGAUUUGUACCUCAUACCAUCCAGAUUUACCCAAGCACCGUCCCCUUACUGGCUGGUUUCCCUGCGUCAGCAAUGGAAAUAGACCUCAGGAUGAAGGACGUAAGAAAGCAGAGGGUAGCCUGGAGAAAGAGGACGAAGUUUGGCUCCAAGUGUGUUUCAGUAGACCAGGAGUGGCUACGGCAAUUUUCAUUUUCUUGGCGUCUGAUGGCCUGGCUCCCGGGGAGCGUCGGCAGCCAACCGUGACCGUCUACCUAACUGACAUCAGUGGAAGCAACCACUCUCUUGGAACCUAUGAACUGUCAUGCCAGCAAAACCCAGUGGUUAUCAAUGUGACCCAUCACACAACUGCCCUGUUGCACCACACUGCUUCAGUGCUGCUGAAUUUUUCCUCCCCACUAGUGGGCAUCUCAGCGGUGGCUCUGAGGACACCCUCCCACAUCAGUUUUUCAGCUCCUCAAAGCUGCAUCCCAGCGAACAGGGGACAGACUCAUCAGGGACAGAGCUGUGUCUACCGGCCCUGUGGGGAGCAGGGCAGCUGUGCGCCGCUGCUGCUUGACCACGCGGAUAGGGUGAACUGUAGCUCUCAUGGCCCAGGUCACAUGAAGUGCGCCAUCGUGUGCCAAAGAGGAUUUGCCCUGCAGGCCAGCAGUGGGCAGUACCUCAGGCCCAUUCAGAAGGAGACCCUGCUCACAUGCUCCUCUGGGCACUGGGACAUGGAUGUGAGUUGCAUGCCUUUUGACUGUGGGAUUCCUGACCCAUCUUUGGUGAACCACGCCACCUUCUCCUGCCCAGAGGGAACCGACUUUCUGAAGCGCUGCUCUAUCUCUUGUGUCGCACCAGCCAAGCUUCAAGGAUUGAGCCCGUGGCUGACCUGUCUGGAAGAUGGGCUCUGGUCUCUCCCUGAAGUCUACUGCAAGCUGGAGUGCGACGCUCCUCCUGUGAUUCUGAACGCCGACUUGCUCCUGCCUCACUGUCUCCGUGGCCAGCACGACGUGGGCACCGUCUGCAGAUACGAAUGCAAACCAGGCUACUACGCACUGCAAAGUGUGGAGACUAAAGCCAGGAGCAAGUUCCUGAAGAUACAGUGCCUGGAAGGUGGAGUCUGGGAGCAAGGAAGCUGCAUCCCAGUGGUGUGUGAGCCGCCUUCUCCCGUCUUUGAAGGCAUGUAUGAAUGUACCAAUGGCUUCAAGCUGGACAGCCAGUGUGUGCUCAACUGUAACCAGGAAGCUGAGAGGUCUCCUAUCCUCUGCACUACAGAGGGACUGUGGACCCAGGAGUUCAAGCUGUGUGAGAACCUGGGAGGAGAAUGCCCACCGCCUCCCUCCGAGCUGAAUCUCGUGGAGUACAAGUGUGAACAGGGAUACGGGAUUGGUGCAGAGUGCUCCCCCUUGUGUAUGAUCCCCCCUAGUGACCCCGUGCUGCUGCCCGAGAAUAUCACCACCGACACGCUGGAGCACUGGAUGCAACCCGUCAGAGUCCAGAGCAUUGUGUGCACUGGCCGGCGUCGAUGGCACCCAGAUCCCCUGCUGAUCCACUGCAUCCAGUCCUGCGAGCCUUUUCAAGCAGAUGGUUGGUGUGAUACCAUCAACAACCGGGCCUACUGCCACUAUGAUGGGGGAGACUGCUGCUCUUCCACUCUCUCCUCCAAGAAGGUCAUUCCAUUUGCUGCUGACUGUGACCAGGAUGAGUGCACCUGCCGAGACCCCAAGGCAGAAGAAAAUCAGUAAUUGUGGGAUCAAGUCCCUCUUCUACUGCCCUGGAGGCAGUAAGAGAGAGAGGGUGCUGCAGGAGCAAACGGAGGUCGAGGAAGAAGAAAGGCUGUGAAACAGAGGAAGGUGGCAGAGUAGUAAGGAUCUUUCCAGAAAUGCAAGAGAAUCCUUGUGGGUGCCAGCAAGUGCAUCAAGUAGACCAAACAGGAAGACUUACAGGCAGAAGCUUCUUUAAAGUGGCAGUAGAUUUAAAAUGGAAGGAGGAAAUACGGUAGAUAUACAAGGACCCUCCUCCCCCAUUUAUAUUCUACUCAAACCCAUUCUCCACUCUUGCUCUAUCCUCACUCUGCACCCUGCCAGCUAUUCAGCCCCACCCAACUUGUAAACCAACACUAAAAUGCUAGAAAAGAAGUUGCCAGGGACACUCUGUUAAUACCCCUUUCUGGAUUGUCAUCUUUCAGGGCUUGUUGAUUCUAAACUGGCUCUAUCCCUUUCUUUGGUGUAGUCUUUCUUAAAAUAAUGAGGUUAGUUAUUAAUUCUUUAUAAGUAUUUAAACAUAAUUAUAUAAAUAUAUUAUAUAUUAUAUUUUUUGCUGUUUACUAAGCUAAAAAUUAUCCAUUGUUCCACACAUGCUGCUGUGAAGUUCAUGUCCAACUGAAUGCCGAAGCUUUGGAGACAGAAAGACAAUUUCUCCUGCCAUCUUUCUCUUAAUGAGGACUAGGAGGUUGAGUGGAAAGUGGAGAAGGAGAGAGAGAAAGAAACAGAGAGAAAUUGGAUAACAUUCUGGAUGCUAGAUUGUCAGCUAAUCCUCUUUUUAUGAACUGGAAGCUGGGCCACUUGUAAGAGUUUGAGAAUUAGGUUGAUAAUACUAAGAGGCAUGGAAAUUUGAAUGUGAGUACCUGUUGGUGAGUCCAGAUUUAGAAUACAGUUCUUGAAUAUCUAUCCAACAUGAUUCUAUUAACUCUCUACACUUUGCAGAACUCUGAGUUGGAACUGGUAUAACCCAGUAUUUCCUCCACUUUCCAUAUGUGCCUAUUCCCAGCGGGGCUGUCAGCCAGGCCAUCAGUCAACAAGUUUAUAUUAAGGAUUGUUUUCUCAUCACCAGGAUCACAGGGACUCCCCCACUUCUCAUACUUGGCUUAUGGUCCCAUGACUCCCAAGGCUGACCAUCAUUGAUAGCCACAUCACCAAUUUUUGAUUUUAUGGGGGGGGGGGGUUAGGAUGUUAUAGAAAUUGUGUAGGGGUAAGAGGAGAAGUAAGGAAAAAACAAGCUAAAUGUAGGCCAUAAAGAGGUGAGAGGUCAGAGUUAAAUCAGGGCCAAGGGCAAAAGUAUGCAUGAAGUAAGGAGACGAAGUCCUUUGUUCUAAGACUGCAAGGAAAUCUACAGUAGAUUUUUGGACAAUGCAGAAUCUGAGAUAAAUUCUAUUCAAACAUGAUGUAUAAAAUCUGUGGCCCAGAGAUUUCAAUUUGAGCAAACUAUGGAAACACGUGGAGCAAGGGUGACACUCUGUGGGAAGAAAGAAGAAUUUCAACUAUUUAGGGUUCAUUUUGUUUUCUGUAUCCUUUCUUAUUCAGUGGGUGAACAGGAGUGCCUGCAAAUGACCACAUUAACCCAGCCUCUACUUAGAUCCCAGGCACAUUGCUUUUUUGCAGUUACAUUUUCUUGAACACUUCUGGAUUCGACCUUGGACAAACACAGUGAGAAUCCUCUCUGUUCAGCAUGCCAGUCCUAUCAUCUUAGGAAGGGCUGUGGGCCUGUUCCCCUCAAAGUUUUUCCCCCAUGGAAUCCAAGAACAGGCAAAAUUUAGAGCUCAGUCGUGGUCUCUCCACAUCAUCUCCUUGUUAGACCACAGUUUUUCUCCUCUUCCCAUCAACCCUGGAGCAAUAGCUCUGCAGAUAGGAAGAGGAAAUAUUGUUCACUAUUACCAAAAUAUUACUCACACAGUCAUGUAGGAAAGAGCAAUAUUGCGGGGUGUAAUGAAAGAGAAGAUAAGGCAGUAUACAAAUAUUUGUAUGAGUAUGUAGAAUGAAGGUGGCAAUGUCACUGGGGAAAGAGAAAAGCAGAUUUUGCCCAUCCAAAUAAUCCUUGUCCUCUUAUAUAGCCAGGAAAUGUAUAACCUAGAUACCAUUCAUCGUCCGGGGUCAAACUUACUGGUCCCAGGAAGGCAGUAAAUAUUAUUUCUGGGAUUUUGGCAGUCUUCGGGAUGGAAAACACAGAGGAGAUGUAUGGCUUCGCUGUUUUAAAGGAUUCAAAGCACAUAUUGUGAAAUUAUUUUCGUGGGGAACAUACCCAAAUUCCUGGAAGCCUGCCAAGCUCUGCCUUGGGCAUUCCUGCACUGUCUGAGAUGGAGGCAGAGGAAUAGCCACACCAGGCCUCAUUCAGCUCAGGUAGACUGAAACACACCACUGUGCGUCUAUGUCUGUCUCCCCACGAGGACAGUGUGAGAACAUUUCUUGCCGUGCUUUGUUUGAAACCAUUUGAUGCUCUGUUGGGAGCAUCUGCAAUUCACAGUUGUCCUGGGAAGACAAGAAGUGGAGUGAGAAAAGCUCUCCAGCGGAAGGCUGUCCAGCCAUAGGCAGCUGUAGCCGUUCAGAGAUGGCAGGUUUUCCCAGCCCUUGUCCCUUGGGCCUACUGUCCUGAGUAAUUCAGCUCACUGAUCAGCUAAAAGACUAAGAUACCAUGGUCACAGAUCCCCAAAACUAUCAACUCAUACUCCAUGUGGUGGCCUGCAAGGUGCUGCGCUUACCCCUUGGGGUCACUGAGGCCCUCUCACAGAGACCCUUCUGUCUUUUUCUGUCCACAUCACUCUGUUUCAUAGUAAUCGGGGGCUGUGGUGCUCAGAUUGUCCAGGCCUGGCUGACUCUGAUGACCAGAGAGACACAGAUGAGAGGACUAGAGAGCAUGGGUUGAGCUAACAAGGAGUGCAAGUAAAGAGCUCUGGGUUCUCUCCUUCCCUUUUCUCCAUUGCAAGGCAUCGGACGUGGCACUUCCUCUAUUCUGUGCGAUCACUAUUGAGUGCAUCAGCGUGAUUGAAAACAUAGUGAAGGGAGCUGAUCUACUGUAUUGUAACGUAAAACAGCUAUAGCCAGUUAUUUUGUAAGAUUCUGAGAUGUUCAUUAAAAAAUCAGCACACAAAACGUGAAGUGUCUCAUUCUUUGGUUAAAUCAUCCCAUCGCCACUGAAUCACUUUC